AUGUCAAUUGUCUUACGAUGUUUAGAUCUUUCAACAACUCCAAUUGAAGUUAAGGAGUACUUUCUAGGAUUUUUAAUUGUAGAUAAUACAACCGGUAAAGGCUUAUAUGAUGCAAUAGUUGAUGAAAUUAAAAAUAUAGGACUAGAUAUAAAUGAUGUUAGGGGUCAAGGCUAUGACAAUGGAUCAAAUAUGAAAGGAAAACAUCAAGGUGUACAAAAAAGAUUAUUAGAUAUUAACCCUAGAGCAUUCUACACUCUGUGUGGUUGUCAUAGUUUAAAUUUAGUAAUUUGUGAUAUGGCUAAUUCGUAUGAUAAAGCUAGUGAAUUUUUUGGAGUUAUACAACGUAUAUAUUCGAUAUUUGAUUCAUCAACUCAAAGGUGGAAAAUAUUACAAGAUAAUAUAUCAAACCUAACACUUAAAUCAGUAUCGCAAACUCGUUGGGAAAAUAGGGUAGAAAGUGUAAAAGCAAUUAGAUUUCAAGCACCAAAAUUAAGAAAAGCACUUUUACAAUUAUCCAAAAGUUGUGGAGAUCCAAAAAUUAAAAGUGAAGCUAAAUGUUUAGCUACAUAUGAACUUGAAAACUAUCAAUUUUUAUUAGGAAUGAUUAUUUGGUAUGGUGUUUUGUUUGGUGUUAACACUGUUAGUAAAAGCUUGCAAACAAAUGAUAUGUGUAUCGAUAAUGCUAUAGAUCAACUAAAUGGACUUGUGUGUUUCUUGGAAGAAUAUAGAGAAAACGGAUUUGAAAAGGCUUUAGAUUAUGCAAAAGAAUUGGCUUUAGAAAUGAACGUAAAACCUGAAUUUCAUGAAAAACGUAUUAUUCAAAGAAUUAGACGAUAUGAUGAAAAUGUUGCUAAUGAAACUAUUAAAACUCAUGUUCAGUUAUUUAAAACUGAUUACUUUUUAUAUGUAGUAGAUAAAGUCAUUACUUCACUUAAAAAUGGGAGACUCAAUCUGCGAGAUGACCAUGAAUUUUGCAAAGCCGGAGAAGUUAGAAGGCGUCGAUUUCAGGCGUUGGAAGAAGAAGAUGCACUUCAUGAUGACUACUCUGAAGGCAACAUACGUGCUGACUACUCCAAGACCACCGUAGAUGCUCUAUUAGAUAUCCAUAGUGAAGCCUUGUAUGCUAAGGAUUUAUGGGACACGCUUGAAUUGAAAUACAUCACUGAGGACGCUUCUAGCAAGAAUUUCCUGAAAGAAUUCAAACAUAACUUAAAACAUCAAAAGGAGGAACUGUCUUUGGUUCAACUUGCUAUUCAUAUUCGUAUUGAAGAAUCUCCUCGUGCGAAGGAAAAUGAAAAAUCUGAUAAACGCAAAAGGAAAGUUAAAUUUGGACAACCCUCGGUUUACAUGCUUGAAAACAAACCAAGAAAUCAGAACCACAAAGGACAUGGCAAACGUAAGCUGGAACAUGUCCCAAGCCACUUUAACAAAAAGAAAAAGGAUUUGGUUUGUUAG